AGUAACAUACACAGUCCCCAUUAUUUCCCUACACUCCCCUGCCAGACACCACAGCCCUGAGUGUCCUCUGUCUCGGCCUCACUCACACUCCAGCCCCACCAUGGGGGACAGCAACUUUCGUUUCCCUGUGGCCCUCAAGUGGGACGAAGGGCCCGAGAGACUGAAAGUGGUGAAGAACAAACUUCUUCUGUAUUUCCAGAGUAAGAGAAAGUCGAAUGGAGGAGAGUGCGAGAUCCGAGACGUGGGGUGCAGGCAGGGGUACGUCCUGAUACACUUCAGGCAGGAGUCAGUCCGGGACCAGGUUCUUCAGAAAGAGACCCACCAGCUAGUGCUGCGCGACGGGAAGACGAUGACGCUGGAUGUAAGAUCAGCAGAUAUUGUGGGAAGCAGUCCAAGGAAAUCCCCAGAGGUGUCGCCCAAGGAGUCCAGCGAGAAUAAUGUGAUGCUGUCUCCAGCUCCAAGAGAACCACUUAAUGAAAUGGAACGUGAAGAACAUGUAGCACGGGACGCCCCCUCCAAUGUGGUCCUGAUCGGGAACGUCCAGGACAGCCACUCACCUGAGAUGUUGAACCUCUUGGUGGAAAAUAUCAGUGAUAGUGGAGACUUCAACGUGGAGACGAUUCCGGAGAUCUGCUCCGUUGCUAUAACCUUCACCUGUGACAUCGAUGUUCUCAGCUUUAGCCAAACCUUUUCUGACAACACCAGAGUGAGACAGCUCAAAUGGACGGCGAAGCCUCUAGGAGAGACCCGAUCAAUCAGAGCUGAGGGGUUGCCCCCCAACACAUCCGAAGAUUUUGUCAUCAUUUAUUUUGAGAGCCCAAAGCAUGGAGGUGGCAGAGUAGAGAAGGUGUUGAUGUUACCUGAGGAAGACGCAGCGCUGAUAACGUUCCAUGACGUACAAACCGUUAAAGCGACACUAUCACAGAAACAUACCUUUGAUAAGAAGACAAUAUCUGUUUAUCCGUAUUAUCCAGAACACCGUAUAGCCCUAUAUGGGAAGCAAAGGCCUUGUAUAGAAGAGCCGCAGCCUCUCGAGUGUCCUAUAAGUGCGUACGUAUUGGAAUUUAUCUUGAGCGAUGCUAAAUUAAAACAGAAUAUGGAGACAAACAUGGUGGCUAAGAACUGUAAGAUCAUAUGGCCAGAUGCAAACCGCCCAAACCCAGUCAUCACAUUAUGUUUUUGUAGCACCUUGGCCACACAUCUCAGGACCAUGGCCAAAGUCAUCCGGACUUGGAAGGAGGAGGUCUCAGCCGAGUACUCGCUUAUUAUUUCCAAAUACAAAGUCACAGACUGUAAAGUGAAUCCCUCAGUAUGGGAAGCCAUCAGAGGUCAGGUCUCUAGCCCCACUUAUGAAGGCGUGUUGAUCAAACUAGACCCUGCCGAGAAAACGGUCUUCCUGGCCGGCACUUUGAAGGAUGUUACUAGGAUUGAGCCCACAUUCAGAAAACUGGUAGAGGAAACCACAAGACAGAUCGAAAGAAAAAGCCAAAGCUCCACCACGACUGUAGCCGUGUCCCCGGCCCUUUAUCAGAUUAUACGUAACAGUGGUCUGGAGAAAAAGAUACUGGGGGAUACCCCAGAGCUGCAGAUGGAAUACGACACGUCGGCGGGGAAUCUAAGGCUCACCGGACUGCGAGAGGAGGUUCUCAGCGCCAAAUGUGAAAUAUUCAAUAUUAAUCUGCAACUGAAAUCGAAAUCCAUUGAGUUGAACCCUCACAUCUUCCAGUUCCUGAUGUUCGCUGAUAAUGAAGAACUGUCCUGCCUACUCUUUCUACGCCACAAUAUUAACGCUCUGGUUUUGAUUGAAGAUGGUGAUGUUACACUGACUGGUUACUCAAAGAAAGAUUUGGCAGAGGCAGAAGAACAAAUGAAACAAGAAUUAAUUCUUAGGCAAGUUCCAAUUGACGAUAAGAGCGUCCUACAAAUUCCCGAGUGGAAAAGACUUCACUCGGAACUGUCGGGGUCAUUUAAUGUUGAGAGAUGCUCAGUCCUUAUCCAGGAAUUCCCUACCGGAGCAGAGAGUGACGUGGUCAUCACAGGUCUCUCUAUACCUGUACAACAGAGUUACCAAGCGAUCCAUGAAUUUCUGGAGAAAAACUCUCCAAUGCAGAAAAACAUCCAGGUUAAAUCGCCAGCGGUCUUGCAGUUCAUGAAGGAGGAGAAGAAGCAGAUUUGGGAUAACUUAAGGAGAGAUAAUGUCAGGAUUGCCAUAAGACAUAGGAACAUACAGAUGUCAGGCACAAAGCUGUCUGUACAGCGGGCAGCUACUCUUAUAGAAAGGGUUCUUUCUUCUCUCUAUUCCGACACUUUGUGCAUUGAUAAACCCGGAUCUAAGAAGUUAUGUAUGACGAAUGAGAAAGACUAUGUUACAUUUGCAAAGACUAAAUUCAAAUGUCUGAUAUAUUUGCAGAAGGAUGGAGAAGAUGAAAUGGAGCCUAAUGAAAACUUUCUGGUUGAACCCCAAUGCCAAACAAAGCUACCAAAUGGGGUGACCAUCUCGGUAUGUAAAGAUGAUCUCUGUCAACAAAAUGUAGAUGUUAUCGUUAAUGCAGCCAAUGGGGACUUAAAGCACAUUGGGGGUCUGGCAUGGGCCAUACUGAAAGCUGCAGGAUCCAAACUCCAAGAUGAUUGUGAUCUUAUUGUCAAGAAGGAGGGUCCGUUGCCAGCCGGUAGUGCAGUCAUUACUGAUGCCGGUAACCUGCCGUGUAAGCAAGUUAUACAUGCAGUUGGACCAAGAUGGAACUCUAGUUCACCGACAGAGUGUGAGCUCCUUCUGCAGAAAGCGAUAACGAGAAGUUUAGAGCUGGCCGCAACGAACGGUCAUAGGUCCAUUGCAAUACCAGCUGUCAGCUCCGGUAUUUUUGGAUUUCCCAUCCACAAUUGUGCAGAAAAUAUUGUAAAGUCCAUCAGAGCGUACGUGGAGCACAAAGAUGGGGUAGGCUCCAUUGAAAACAUUUGCUUGGUGGACUCUAACAAAGAGACAAUUGUAGCUUUAACUAAUAGUUUGAAAGAAGUUUUUGGAGGUCAGAACUUUAAUUCCCCCCCAAAGCCCAGAAUGCAAAGAGCCGCGAUGAGUCCACCCAAAGACAGAGACUCCGGGUCGGGUGCAUCUAAUUGUCAAAUGACGACCAACGAGAAGCUAGUUAUCAAAGUCACAGAGGGAUUUAUCCAAGAUGCAACAACCAGCGUGAUUGUAAACAGCGUGGGCAGAGAUCUUAACCUUGAGAGCGGAGGAGCAUCGAAAGCUCUGUCCAAUAGGGCAGGGAAGAACCUGCAAAGCCUCCUAUCGAUAGGGAGCUCUGGAGACAAGGUGGAAGACGGAUCUGUGUUUGUGACUGAGGGCUGCAACUUGUCAUGUGACAUCGUCAUUCAUGCCGUGGCUCCAGUAUGGGACCAGGGAAAAGGUUCAUCAGAGAAGAUCCUUAGAUCCAUAAUAGAGACCUGCCUGAAGAUCGCAGAGAAGAGACACCUGACAUCCAUAACCUUCCCGGCCAUUGGGACAGGAAAUCUGGGGUUUCCCAGACACAUUGCUGCUGGUUUAAUGUUAGACGAGAUUCUCACCUUUAGUAGCAAACGUAAGAUCCAGUAUGUUCAAGAAGUGGUUUUCAUGCUGCACCCGACUGACAAGGAAACUAUUACGGACUUUUCCAGAGAACUGACUAAAAGAAAGGACAGAAAUGCUACAAAAAGUGUCCAGAAGCCCAAAGCUGUCUCAGGAACCAGCCAGACUGCUCAGUCAGGGCCAGCUUUCUUUGGGCCAGUGAAAUCCCUGACACUGGGAGUCCAUGAAAUGAAGGUCGGGUCCAUCACUUACCAGGUGAAGACUGGAGAUAUAACCAAGGAAGAUACUGACGUUAUUGUCAAUUCAACGGACCCAACAUUUACUCUCAAAACAGGUGUCUCUAAAGCCAUUCUGGAGGCCGCAGGGCAGAGUGUAGAAGACGAGUGCAUCCAACUCGGAUCUCAGGCUCAAACGUCUCAUAUCACUACUAAGAAUGGAAAUCUCCUCUGCAAGUAUAUCCUGCAUGUCGCUGGCAGGAAUUCAGCAGAAGGCAUCAAAGAAUUUAUUACUGAAGCUUUCAAUGAGUGUGUUACACUACAGGCUUCAUCCAUUGCUUUCCCAGCCAUAGGAACAGGUGUGGCCGGUGUCUCCUCCGCAGUGGUGGCUGAUAUCAUGUUAGAGGCUGUGGCCAGCUUAGCCAAAUCCAAGUCAGCCCAUCGUAUUCAGACAGUGAAAGUCGUUAUAUUCCAGCAGCAAAUGUUAGAUGACUUUUACACCAUUAUGAAGAAGAAGGAGGAAGCCGACCUGCCCAAGCAAAGGUCAUUCUUUUCCAGAUUUACAUCUUUUCUAAGUUAUUUCACAUCAAACUCUGGAGCUGAAGAAACCAACGAUUUUGAGUUAAAAGAGAACAUUGAGCCGGCUAUCUACCACCUGUGCGCGGAGAGAGCGGAGGAUGUGAGAGAGGCUUCAUCCUGGCUCCGUGACAUCAUACUGAGGCAGCAGCACGAGAACGUCAUCACAGACGACUGGAUUCGGGAUCUCGAUGAGGGGGACCAUCAGGCGUUGGCUGAGUAUCAGAAGAAACUGGAAGUGUCUGUUUCUUUUAGGAUCCCAGCUUCCACCAUUAAAAUAUCCGGUCUGACCAGGGACGUUCUGGAAAUGACCAAUAAAAUCCAAGAAUUGAUAAAGGACGUGAGAGAUAAGAAAACCAGGGAGCGGGAGGCAGAUCUGUGCAGCAACCUGGUGGAGUGGAGUUACAAAGAUGGCAGCACAUCUACCCCCUUCGAUAAAAUGACCAACAUGGAGCUGGAGAAAGCCAAGAAUGAGAACAGGAGUUCCUUAUUCAUUCUUAUCAACGGUGUCAAGUACACAGUAGUGAUGGAGCUGAAAUCCGCCUCCGAUCCCAAAGGCCACACAGUCGACCUCGAACGAAUUUCUAAAAACACAAGAUUGACCACCCCUGAAGAUUGGGCGCCGAUGAACGGUGACAAUGUAAAAGUGGUUCCGAUAAGCCCUGGCACUAAGCAUUACACCGACGUUGAGGCGCAGUUCCGAAACACGUGUGCAAUGAAAAUAAUCAAGAUUGAGAGGAUACAGAACAAGCAUCUCUGGAAAAACUACCAGAUAAAGAAGGAGAGCAUUAACUCCAAAAAUAAUUCCACAAACAACGAGCAGCAGCUCUUCCACGGGACAAACGCCAACACUGUGGACACUGUAACCCACAAUGGAUUCAACAGGAGCUACGCCGGAAAGAACGAAAUUGGAAAUGGAACAUACUUUGCAGUAGCAGCCAGUUAUUCCGCACGCGAUGAAUAUUCCAAAGCAGACGCCAGUGGACACAAGAGAAUGUACCUGGCUCGUGUACUCACGGGGAUGUCGUGUAUUGGUCAGAAUGGAAUGGUGGCACCUCCGGCCAAGAACGCGGCGAACCCCACUGACCUGUACGAUAGUGUGACUGAUAACACAACAACACCUACUGUGUAUGUGAUAUUCCAUGACAUCCAGGCUUAUCCAGAAUAUCUCAUCACCUUCACUAAAUAAUGUUCCUGUCUCGCUCCCGCCAGCUACAUCUGAUGUAAAGAGUGGGACACGUGUUUCCAUCUGUAUCUAAACACGUUCUCCUUCCAUAAGCAUCACAGACUUUACAUUAAAGUGGACACAGGGCCCGGUUCUGAGCCGCAAGCAUAAGCGCAGCAGCGUCUAUUAGAUAUCGCCAGUCCACGAAUUUAUGCAAAUGGUGCCACAAACGCCUUCCCUCAUGUACAUCCGUGUGCAAGGACUGAGACGCCGGCACUUUAGCAUCCGUACACGCGGUAAACCUGUCCUUAGGAGCCACCAUCGGACGCACCAUUGAAACUGGCCCCAGCUCUAUGGUGUCUCCGGCUGACCGUGGCUUUCUAUACCUGCAGAUGUGCGUCUGUGUAUGCAGCCACUUGCAGUGACGACCCUGACACUCCCAUAACACUCCCACUGAACGGGACAUUGUUGCGCUUACCUCUAGCCACCUCCCCGUCCCUCUUCAUUUUUCCGCCACCUUUCUCAUUUGUCCCGGUCACAGCAGCUCCUUUGUACUUGCGCCGGGGAGGGGGAGAGGGGCGGGGGAGGGGGGUUUGGGGUUUAGAAAUGCUCUAAAUAUUCAGAAAUCAAAGAGUACAAAGAGAAACCCCAUUAUUAUAUCUGGUCUCGGCAGUCCAGACCUACAUAGUCACAUUAAACUACAGCAAUCUGAAGGUGGCUUCCAUGACGUGGUCCUCACACCUGGUCACACGUACUAUAAUAUCACUGGUGGCUUUAUCAGCAGUCCAGUCUCACGUAAUGAUGUGGUCCUCACAUCUGGUCACACGUAUUAUAAUAUCACUGGUGGCUUUAUCAGCAGUCCAGUCCCAUGUAAUGAUGUGGUCCUCACACCUGGUCACAUGUACUAUGAUAUCACUGGUGGCUUUAUCAGCAGUCUAGUCUCACGUGAUGACAUGGUCCUCACACCUGGUCACACGUACUAUAAUAUCACUGGUGGCUUUAUCAUUAGUCCAGUCCCAUGUAAUGAUGUGAUCCUCACACCUGGUCACACGUACUAUAAUAUCACUGGUGGCUUUAUCAGCAGUCCAGUCCCAUGUAAUGAUGUGAUCCUCACAUCUGGUCACACGUACUAUAAUAUCACUGGUGGCUUUAUCAUUAGUCCAGUCCCACGUAAUGAUGUGGUCCUCACACCUGGUCACACAUACUAUGAUAUCACUGGUGGCUUUAUCAGCAGUCCAGUCCCAUGUAAUGAUGUGAUCCUCACACCUGGUCACACGUACUAUAAUAUCACUGGUGGCUUUAUCAUUAGUCCAGUCCCACGUAAUGAUGUGGUCCUCACACCUGGUCACACGUACUAUAAUAUCACUGGUGGCUUUAUCAGCAGUCCAGUCCCAUGUAAUGAUGUGGUCCUCACACCUGGUCACACGUACUAUAAUAUCACUGGUGGCUUUAUCAGCAGUCCAGUCCCAUGUAAUGAUGUGAUCCUCACACCUGGUCACACAUACUAUAAUAUCACUGGUGGCUUUAUCAGCAGUCCAGUCCCAUGUAAUGAUGUGAUCCUCACACCUGGUCACACAUACUAUAAUAUCACUGGUGGCUUUAUCAGCAGUCCAGUCCCAUGUAAUGAUGUGGUCCUCACGCCUGGUCACACGUACUAUAAUAUCACUGGUGGCUUUAUCAGGAGUCCAGUCCCAUGUAAUGAUGUGGUCCUCACACCUGGUCACACGUACUAUAAUAUCACUGGUGGCUUUAUCAGCAGUCCAGUCCCAUGUAAUGAUGUGGUCCUCACACCUGGUCACACAUACUAUAAUAUCACUGGUGGCUUUAUCAGCAGUCCAGUCCCAUGUAAUGAUGUGCUCCUCACACCUGGUCACACGUACUAUAAUAUCACUGGGGGCUUUAUCAGCAGUCCAGUCCCAUGUAAUGAUGUGGUCCUCACACCUGGUCACACAUACUAUAAUAUCACUGGUGGCUUUAUCAGGAGUCCAGUCCCAUGUAAUGAUGUGGUCCUCACAUCUGGUCACACGUACUAUAAUAUCACUGAUGGCUUUAUCAGCAGUCCAGUCCCAUGUAAUGAUGUGGUCCUCACACCUGGUCACACGUACUAUAAUAUCACUGGUGGCUUUAUCAGCAGUACAGUCCCACGCCUGCGUUGGCUGGACCCCACCCACGAAAUGGCGGACAAACGCCGCCGUUCCACCACCCCUUCCCCAGCGACCGCUUCUGCCUGUCAAUCUGUGGUGCCGGCGCAUGAGCUGUUCUGAACCGAUCGCACUGCUGCGAUAAACUGCAGCGUGCGAUUGGGUCAGAAUGACCCCCAUAGUGACUCCUAGAUCCCUUUCCUCCUCAGUAGUUUCCAGUAUAGUGCCAUUAUUACGAUAUUUAUCCUUUGGAUUUUUGAGACCCAAGUGCAUGAUUUUGCAUUUUUUAGCAUUAAACUGUAGUUGCGGCGUUCUUGACCAUUUCUCUAGUCUACAUAGAUCCUCAAUCAUUUGUUUUACCCCUCCCGGUGUGUCUACCUUGUUGCAUACCUUUGUGUCAUCUGUAAAAAGGCAUACUUUCCCUUUAAUGCCAUUUGCAGUGUCACUUUUUAGAUUUUCUAAAUGUUGCUAAAUGCUGAACUAAACACUAUUUUUAUAGGCCAAACUAAAUGCUGUGGUUAACAAAGUAACUUAAAAAUAUAAAAAAUAUGGCCUUAAAUAAAACUUUGUAACAUCUAUGGUGUAACUGGCCAUGUGUGUUAUUAUAGGGUGUGGGCGUGCUACAGCGUCUCUCCGAGCUCACACCGAGGCGGUUAUGUAAUGGGUGGUAAAUUCUCCGAACCAGCAAGAUUAAGGCUGAACCAGCCUUCUUACCGAGUGACGCCUUAAACGUAGUGACAAUCUCGCUGAAAUUCCCACCGGUUUUGAGAAAUGUCCGCUUGUUUAUAUAUAUAUAUAUCUAUAGUAAUCUAUGACUAUAAUCUAUAGAGUGUAAGCUUGCGAGCAGGGCCUUCCUACCUCUAUGACUGUUUAUUACCCAGUUUUGUUUUAUUAUUGUGUCCAGUUGUAAAGCGUAACGGAAUUUGCUGCGCUAUAUAAGAAACUGUUAAUAAAUAAGUAAAUAAAUAAUAUAA